AUGAAGUGCACAAAUUGCGGCUCGUCCGCCAUCGAUUAUGCCAACAACCAGGCCGUCUGUUCGCAAUGUGGUGUCGUACUCGAAGAGUCGCAGAUCGUCAGCGACAUCACCUUUGGCGAGAACUCAGCCGGUGGUGCUGUCAUUCAAGGUAGCAUGAUCUCUGCUGAUCAGGCUCGUGCACGUGUUUCCGGGCCUGGUGGAUUCCGCGGUGGCUACGUUAGCGAAUCGCGUGAGAUGACCAUCUCCAACGCUCGUAUCGGUAUCAACAACAUGGCUUCGGCACUUCGCAUUCCAUCGCACGCCGCGGAUCGCGCUCUUCGCUUCUUCACACUUGCACUCGAUGGUGGUGCUUCCGCUGCGACGGGUGAUGAGCCCAAGAACUACGUUCUCGGUCGCAAGUCCGAAUACACCGUCGCCAGCUGUCUCUAUGUUGCGUGUCGAAUGGAGAAGACCACACACAUGCUUAUUGACUUUGCCGAUGCUAUCCAGGUCAACGUGUUCAUCCUUGGUCGAUCCUAUCUCAAGCUCAUCCGCGUUCUCAACCUUCGACUACCGCUGAUCGACCCUUCUAUCUACAUUGCACGUUUCGCUGCUCUGCUCGAUUUUGGCGAAGAGACACAGAAGGUGGCAUAUGACGCUUCGAGGCUUGUCUCCCGAUUCCAAAAGGAUUGGAUCACAGAAGGUCGACGUCCAGCUGGCAUCUGCGGUGCCUGUCUCAUGCUCGCUGCGCGUAUGAAUCACUUCCGUCGGUCGGUCAGUGAGAUCAUCCAGGUCGUCAAGAUUGCUGAUGUCACGCUCAAGGCGCGUUUGGAGGAGUUCAAAAAGACGCCAACCGGCCAGCUCAGCGUACAAGACUUCCGAAAUGUGUGGCUCGAGGAGGAGCAUGCACCACCAGCAUUCCUACGUGCCCGCGAGCCAGCUACGAACAAGCGCAAACGCAAGAACUACAAGCACAUCAAGCUCGAAGGCGUUCAAAACAGUGAGGAAUCCGAUGAUGCAGACGCGGAUGCGGAUGCCGAGGGCGAAGAUCAAGACGCUGCGGUCAACGGCGGCGCGAAGGAAGUCAUUGAUGUAGACAGCAUCGAUCCUGCACUCGAGAAGGUGGUGGAUGAAGCUACAGAACACGAGAUUCAGCAAUACCUCCAGCAGAGUUUGGCACAGGAACUCGACAAAGCACUCGAGACGCAGGAACGCGAACGCGAAGAACGUGCCAAAGUGGGCAAGGUUGCUGCCAGCACGCAAGCAUCUUCGUUGAACGGUGCCGCGCUUCUUGAUGUCGAAGGACCGAUCCCAGAUGCCAAUGUGGCCGGGCCUUCAGGUACAAGAGGCCCCGCUCUUGACAUAAGCAAAGCCGGCAAGCUUCUUCCACUUGGGGGACUGGGUAUGGACGUUCAAAGCACUUUCGGCGAGGAUGCGGAUGGAGCGCUCAGCAAUGUUGUAAACGAAGGCGACAGCGCAACAGCAAACAGACGCCGUAGUGUCGCUCCAGUCGACGACCUGGCAGAUCUCGACGAAGAAGAGUUGGACCGUUUCAUCUUGUCACCGGAAGAGGUCAAAAUCAAAGAACGUGUCUGGAUGGAGUUCAACAAAGACUGGAUGGAACAAACGCUCAAGAAGCAACUCAAGCUCGAGCACGAUCAGAAGAUGGGUGUCCCCAUCCGCGAGCCAUACAAGCGUAAGAAGCCAAAAGCACCACGGGACGCGUCGACGGCAAUGCACAACACUUCCGCUGCAGAGAGCGCCAAGAUGAUGCUCAAGCAAAAGCAGUUCAGUAAGAAGAUCAACUACGAUGCGCUGAACAAUCUCUUUCCCGGUGCCAAGGUGGUUGGCGGUGGCAGUGGGAAGGGUAGUAGAAAGAAGGGUGGGGAUGGAAGGAAGAGUAGCAAGAGGCGAAGACAGCAGAGCAGUGACGAAUCGUCUUGUUCGUCAGCGGAGGAGGAAGCGGCCACUAGAGGUAGGAACGGUGGCAAGAACGGUGCUGCUAACGGGAAGAGGGCGAAGAACUCGCAGACUACGGGUCAGGGCUACUUUGAGUCAGACGGCAAUGACUCUCAGGUCGAAGUCAUUGAAGAACUGCCAUCCUCGCAUCCUUUGCGAAAAGACAGCAGACCCAGCAAGCGCGGUCAAAUGUCGUCGGCAGCGGAAGAAUCACAAGGUACCGAUCUGGGUGAGGAUAUUGCUGAUUGGGAAGAUGAGAAUGCUAUUAGUCUGGACCCUGAGACGAUGGAGAUGCGAAAGAAGCUCGGUUACUUCGACGACGAUAGUAUGGACGACGAUGACUGA